AUGCGCACUGUGAACGAGAUGAUCAUUCGAAAGAAGGAGAGACAGCACGGUGAGGGAAUGGCGCGUGGCCUAACAAUAUCUCCCGAGUCUCUAGCGGAACUGAAAAGCUUGGAAGACGCGCUGAAGCUCGAGAGCCGAAAGACGGCGGGGCUCCAGAACGCAGCUAAUAUCACUUUACGUCAGAUGGAGGAGGUGGAACGCUCGCUGGAGCAGACCGAGAAGCAGCUUGUGGAGGCAAAGCGUUCCACUGGGUGGGAUAUCGACCGCAAUUCUGCAUGCACGGAGACGGCCGUGGAGAGUGAGUUCAAGGAAAAGAAGAAGCAGCUCUCUUCGCUGGCCUCCGAACAGCGCACUCUCACCGAGGUGUCGGAGCGACUGAAGCAGCAGGCUGCGGAGUUGCAAUCCAAGAUAGACGCCACUGAAGAUAUGGACGAGCUUUUCGCUGAGGCGGAGGAGGAGCUGCGUCAGGCAAACACGCGCUAUAAGGAGCUGAACGAGCAAGUCAAGAGCAAUGAGCGCAUUCAAAAGAAAACAGAGCGCGUGCUGACGGUGGCGAACACACAGGACCUCUACAAGCCCAUCCGGCAACUGGAGGGAGACAAGAGGGUGCUGCACUGCAACCUCUCCAAGCUGCGCGAGACCAAUGUGAGCAACUCCAAGUCCAUUCUUUCUCUCGAGGUCCGCCUGCGCCAGUUGGAGACCCGCCUAGAGGCCAUCAACGGGUUUCUUCGGGAGGUCUUCGCCGAGGUGGAGGAUGAUGAACCCAUGGACAAUGUGCCGGAGGGUUCGGCUGAGGUGCCGCUGGCGCAGUUCGAGGAGCUCAGUGCUGCCCUGGAGCUUUCCCGUGAGACGGUGGUACAACGUGACGAUCAGUUAGAUGAGCACGACUGCAAGAUCGAACAGCUGGAGCGGAAGAUCAUUAUUCUGCAGAACGCCAUUACGUCGCGCGAGGUCUCCUCGAAGGUGCAAUCCCGUGGAAGGGACAAGCAGCAGCGCGACAUGUACUUGGCUUACUCACGGCGGCGAUGGAAGCUGCAGGCAGAACGUGAUCAACUUGCAGCAGAAAACAUUACAUUGCGGAAGAAGCUCGGGUCGUUGUAG